UUGGAUAUGGGGGGUGGAGGGAUGAUAUGAUGGUGGUGCAACCCAAAAAAAAAAAAAAAGUUAGUGAGAGAAAAAAAGACAAAUAACAACCGAACUAUAAAACUUAUUAACUAUGAGAGUGUGAGAGAGAGAAGAAAUGGAAUUAUUUUAGAGAGAAAAAAAAAAAAAAACAAGAAUUGGUGCAAUUUGGAGGAGUUGUUGCACUCUCCUAGUCUCUCCCUUUUUUCCUCCAAAAUCUGUCUGUCAAUCCACAGAGACUGACUCCGAAGAGUCUGCCAUAUAACCAUUUCUUCACAAGCUACUAAUAUCCAUCCAACUCCUCAUCUGGGUAGCUUUGUUUCAAUAAUCCAAAAGCCCCUCACCUCACUGUUAAUUCGGAGGAGUUCAAUUCAUACUAAUCCCAUGAGGAUCAGAAACCGGUUUCCACCUGCCACCCCACCGCCGCCGCCGCCGCCGCCCUCAUCUUCAGCAGCCCCUCUUCCGAUCCCAUCAGAUCCCCAACUCAUAAGCCGGUCAUCGGUUUUGCCUCCACCACACCACCUACCCUCUGUGGUGCAAAUUCCCACCAAGUCGUCGGACAAUUCAACUCCUCAUCGUCCUCCUAAUCAAGAAAUGAUAAAUCCCAGAUGGGGUUUGCUCACUAGUAGUACUAUUACUACUCCACAGGAAAUCAAUAAGAGGAGGAAGGAUGAUGAUGAUGAAACUAGGAAACAACAAGAUGAACAAGAAGGAUUUGGAGAUCAUAAGAAUAAGAGGAAUAAUGAUUCAAGGAAAGGUGCAGAACUGGACACUAGUGUUGUUCAUUUGGGACAAACAUUUUAUCCGUACUCUUCUCCCCAAGUUGUUGUUGGGAGAUGUUUGGGUGAUCAAGGAGAUGACGAUGAUGAUCUCAAAGGAAAUGUUGUUGUUGCAUUGAAGAAGAGAAAGGAGAUGAGCUUUGAUAUUCAAAGCGACAUUAUCAACAUGACGACCAAGGAUCCAGAGACAUGUUCCCACAACAAAAACAAGGACGAUAUCGAUCCAAAAAUGAAAUGCAAGACGAACAAGAAGUGUUUGUUGACACCCGAGCAAGAUAGGCCACUAAUCAACCGGGGCGUUCAUCAACAUGAAGAAGGUGUUGUUAAUAAUAUCAUCAAACAAGAAGGUGGUGGUCUUGAUGAUAUUUCUACUAAUGGCAAAACCAGCAAGAAGGUGAAAGUGAAAAAGGUACGAGGAACCGAAAUUUUGGAGGGGUCGCGAUGCAGCCGGGUUAACGGACGAGGAUGGAGGUGUUGGCAGCCAACGCUGGUUGGAUAUUCAUUGUGCGAGCAUCAUUUAGGCAAAGGCAGGCAAAGGAGCACCAGUACUACUAGUUGUAGUAGUAGUAAACGUGUCCGAAGCACAAACAAUAACAAUCAAAUUGCUGCAAUUGCACCAACACAAUCAUCAUCGAGAUUAAUAAUCCCAGGAGAAGAAGAGAAAGGCACAGAGAUCAGUAACCCUAGCAGAGAUGAUGAUCAUCAUCAAGAAGGGGAAAUGAACACAAGUCAUCACCAUCAUGUGGUGAAAGCUAGAUCGAUUAGCAGUCUCUUAGGCCAAACCACCAACAAUACUGUGGAUAAUAGGGUUGUCACUAGCAGUAGCUCGUAGCUGAUUAUAAAUAGGUGCAUUUCAAAUUAACAUUGUGAUAUACUAUUUGUUUGUGUGUGCAUAUGAUCUUAUUGUUGUCUCUUUGUUUGUUUUUUUAAUAAUAUCAUCUAAUGUAAAUUCAUUAUUAUCCAACUCAACUCAGCAAUAUAUUUUAUUGUAUUA